AUGAGCUGUGCUGCCAAUCGCUUUUAUCGCAUCUCUUCACAACAAGUACGACGCAUUUCUACUCGAUCAGCCGGCAAUACUACCACCAACAACGAUCCACGCCUCGAAGUCAUUCGCCGUGUUUUGUUCGAGCCACCUGUACGAGACAAACUUAUAUCAUUAGAAGGCGAGGCAGCAGAACAGCAUGAAACUAUUGAGCAAGCAUGGAAAUUACAUCAAAUGCGACAACGAGAGCAAAGACAGAGAUCGAUGGAAAGGCAGUUUCGAGCUAUGCAUGCAGCCAUGGCAGAACUAGAGAAAACCAGCGAUCGAUUGUACAAAGGAGCCAUUGUCAAAAGCCGUCAUAUCACGUAUCCAAAGCAAGCCAAGAUACCUUCUGAGACACCUUCGCCUCAAGGUUGGGAUUAUGCAUACAAAAGUACAUGA